AGCGGGAAUUUUGAGCGGCCAAUUGUGUUUUUUCUCAUUCUCUCUGCUGAGGGAAUCCCUCUCGUCCUCUCUGCUCUCUCCUUUCUCGCCAUCAAUCAGGUGAUGCAGAAGGGCAAAAUCAUACAAGCUGGGAGAUUUGAGGAGCUUCUGGAACAAAAUAUAGGAUUUGAAGUCUUGGUUGGUGCUCAUAGCCAAGCACUGGAGUCAAUCCUCACAGUUGAAAAUACAGAAAGAACAUCUAAAGACUCAAUGAUCGAUGAUGAAUCCAACAUAGAUGCCCCUUCAAAUGAUGAACUUCUACCUACACGACAUGAAUCAGAGCAUAAUAUCUCCCUUGAUAAAGGAGAAAAAGCAGGAAAAUUAGUCCAAGAUGAAGAACGUGAAAAAGGAAGUAUUGGAAAAGAAGUUUACUGGUCUUAUUUGACCGCUGUAAAAGGUGGAGCCUUAGUUCCAUUCAUUCUUUUGGCACAAUCAUCAUUCCAAGUACUGCAGGUUGCUAGUAACUAUUGGAUGGCAUGGUCUUGUCCUCCUACAAGUGAGUCCAAGCCUAAACUGGGAAUGAGAAACAUAUUAUUUGUUUACACACUACUUUCUGCUGCAAGUUCUCUCUGUGUUUUGUUGCGAGCCAUACUAGUAGCUAAGGCAGGACUUUGGACUGCCCAAAAACUCUUUAUAAACAUGCUGCACAGUGUACUUCGAGCGCCCAUGGCCUUUUUUGAUUCAACCCCAACUGGAAGAAUCUUAAACCGGGUACAAAUCUUAUCUAUAUACGUUUCAUUACUUAUAUCAAUAUCAACUGAUUCCAAUAUACCAUUUGCAUAUAUGUUGAUACAAAAAUUCUUGCAAAAUGUAAAUCUAAAAUGGAAGAACAUUAAUUUAAAAUUAAAAAGUGCUGAACAAAUAGUAGUCUAA